UUCCCCCCGUUUUCUUUCCCAGCCAACAUGGCCGCGACAAUUGCAAACGGCGUGCUGCACAGCGACGCGCAGCUCCUCAGCUCACUGACAAACGGCGGCCACGUGAGCGCCAUGCCCGCGAAGGACCACGACGCCAUCAAACUGUUCGUCGGCCAGAUACCACGCAACCUCGAGGACAAGGAUCUACGGCCGCUCUUCGACCAGUUCGGAAAGAUCUACGAGCUCUCGGUUUUGAAAGACCGCGUAACGGGCAUGCACAAAGGUUGUGCAUUUUUAACGUACUGUAACCGUGAGGCAGCGAUCAACGCACAGAGCGCACUGCACGAACAGAAGACAUUACCAGGGAUGAACCGUCCAAUCCAAGUGAAGCCAGCUGACAGCGAGAAUCGGGCAGAAGACCGUAAACUGUUCGUAGGCAUGCUCAGUAAGCAGCAGACAGAAGACGACGUGCGUCAACUUUUCGCGCCUUUCGGUGCCAUCGAGGAGUGUACUAUACUGCGUGGUCCCGACGGAGCAAGCAAAGUAUGGAUUUUACCCGCAGGGGGCGUCCUCGAGCCUCGUUGUGAAGUUCGCUGACACGGAGAAGGAGCGACAACUACGGCGCAUGCAGCAAAUGGCCGGUCCCAUGGGACUUCUCAACCCUCUUGCCUUCACACAGUUUGGAACAUACGGGGCCUACGCUCAGGUGCCUGCGGCUUAUGGAAUUCAGCCCGAUAUGAGUCCUCAUCGGCACAGCAGGUCAAUGGCUCGAUCCAGAACAUGCCCUCACCGACCGCAGCUGUUGCUGGCUUCAACAUUGCUCAAGCCAACGGGCAGCCAAGCGAGAUCUACACUAAUGGCAUCCCUGCACAGUAUGCUGCUCAAGGAGUCGGCAGCGGGGACCCUCUUCAACAGUAUGCUGGCAUACAGCAAUUCGCUGCAUAUCCGGCUGCCUACGGGCAGUACACCCAGGCGCUGGCCCAGCAAGCCGCACUGCAGCAAGGCGCACAGAUCAAGCAUGAUGGAAAGUUCCUAUCAGCUGACGUUGCUGACUGGUGCUACCCUCUACAGCCGAGAAAUGGACAUGUGAUAGCUAACACGGUGCUGCCCUCUGCUGCAGGUCCGAGUUUGCAACCUGUUCAUCCUAUAUCUGCCAGCAAGAGAAUUUGGCGACGCUGA